UACUUUUUACUACUUCCUGUUUACAAUUUCAGAAGCCUUCGCAAUUGAAGGUUUCAAUUGUUAAAAUUAUGUUUUCUCUUCGAAUAUCAAAUGUUUUUACUAAGCAUUUAAGCAGAAAUGUACAUUACAUACAGGGCCAGUCGCCAGAACCGAAAAUACGAGAAUAUUUCUAUUUUAUAGAUCAUCAAGGCCAGUUAUUCUUAGAUGAUUCAAAGAUGAAGAAUUUCACGUCAUGUUUUAAAGAAAAGAAAUUCUUGGACUUCUUCUUCAAGAGACUUCGAUUGAAUGAAACUGGGAGAUAUGUGGAAGACUUCCCUUUUUUAUCACCAUGUGGGCGUGAACGGAACUUUAUACGUUGUGAUGACCGACCAAUAGUUUACGUGCAUUUGACAGAUAAUAAAGAAAAGGGUUUGAAGGAUAUUUUGUCAUAUGGAUAUUCAGGGAGUCAAACAUUGAAUGUUAAGUUCGAGCCUAGUAAAAUAUGCAUGUUACCGGAAACCGGUCGUAUAUAUCAUCCUGCCGAUCCGGAUUUAGGCGGAGUUGGACUGAUUAAAUCGAGUAUAGCUAUUUCAAUAAGUAAAUAUUUCGACUUUGAAAAUGGCGAGGAGAAUCCACCUACACAUUUUACGUGGAACGGAGAGAAACAUACUCUUAAUAAUGAUUUGUUGUCAGUUAUUAAUCUAGAUCCUAAAGAGGCGUGCAAAGUUUUAUUUGAAAAAGAAGCAUAAAAUUUAUAUAUACCUUUAAAGAAGACAAGACAAAAGUUGAAUUAGAGAAUCAUAUUCAUGAAUAAUCAUUAAAGAUAAUUAAAUUUUGAUUAAAAAAUGAUCUUCAUUUUGAGAAUAAAAAUGUUCUAUAAAAGUUUUUAUUAAAGUGAGCAUUAAUAAUAUAAAAAUUUAAGACAAAGCAUUCUACCAGUUUUGAAAUGAAUGUCUGCAUCAGAAAUGAGCAGAAUAAUGAUAAAAGUGAAAGAUAUGUGUUAAAUUAUGGUUACUAUAAAAAAUGUAUACAUUGACUUUGUCAAUUUAAUGAGUGCUUGAAAGCUUACUAUGAUAACCUAAUUUUUGAUAAUAUUUUUUGGUGCAAUUUGUUAUCAUUUUCUCAGAGAUGAAUAGCAUCGCAUGUGUGACUAGAAUUAUGUACACUAUGUAACCACAGCCCAGCCACUCCCUGGAAGUAGCAGGGACUUAAACUUUGGAUGGUAAUUAAAGGUCUUGUCUAGCAGAGACAUUAAGAUGUUCAAAUCUCUGCUAAAAUGGAUAUGAUAAUAUGGACAUAUCACAAACCAUUUUGCUGCCAAAACGCAGUCAUUGCCCAGCUGAAGAAAAUAGGAAACUCGGCUCAUAUUACACACUAUCUUCCACACAUCAUCAGGGAAUGGUGGACUGUGAAUUCAUUUGACUACAAUGUAGUGUUGUGCCUAAUCUGAUUAACAAGUCAUAGUUGCUGAUAUGAAAAUGUUUUUCACUUUCACUGUGAUAAUUUAUUUUAUAAAAUGAUUCGGAACAAUUUAUUAAUUUUCUUUGAAAAUAAAAUACCAAUAAAAGUA